AACCCGGAAAUGGAAAAAAGAUUUGGGAGCAAGUGGCGCGGUGUGUGUAGCAGGGAACGAAGGCAACGGCAAUACCCGUGCAUGACCGCGUUUUUUUUUUUUUAGAAAGCUAGAAUUUUAAUGGCGCCGGUACGACAGAGAAAUGCUAAAGGCCUCAAUUCUACUGAGAUAGGGAAGAAAAUCAAAAGGGGUAACGCACUGCGGCAGGGCACAGCUUGGUGGACUUCCAGAGGGCUAACCACUUUGUUGCUGGUUACUCUUUGUUUGUGUGGUGCAGCUACUUGGCUGUAUGUCUUUUCUUUUGAUAGUGACAUAACAGAAACAUUGGUCAGCCAGCGUGAGCAUGUCUUUCCCGAGCCCAGAGUCUACAUCAUCCCGUGCUCUGAGGACUACGAGAACUACAAACGCUACCCAGGAUGCACCCCUCAGAAGUGUGGCCGUGCUGUCGCGGACGGUGUGGUGACAAGGGAGGAAGCUCAGCUCCUCAGGAGGCUGGCUGAGAGGGGACUUCAACUGGCUGGAUCAGAGGGAGGAGCCUCCAUCUUGGACCUGCAUUCAGGAGCAUUAUCAAUGGGGCAGCAAUUUGUCAACAUUUACAGAUAUUUUGGAGAACAUAUCCAGGAUGUGUUCACAGAAGAUGAUUUCCAGCUUUAUAGAGUUGUACGCAAGCGAAUCCAAACACUUAUUGCAGAGGCGUUUGGUUUAGACCAAGCACUGAUGUACCUCACCAAGCCCACCUUCUUCUCCAGGAUCAACUCUACAAUAGCCAAGACACAACAUGACGAGUAUUGGCACCCGCACAUAGAUAAGGUCACCUAUGGCUCAUUUGACUACACAUCCCUUCUAUACCUUUCUGACUAUGGCUCUGACUUCACCGGAGGAAGAUUUGUCUUUAUGGACCAAGAUGGCAAUAAGACAGUAGAACCGAAGGCAGGUCGAGUGUCUUUUUUUUCCUCCGGAUCUGAGAACCUCCACCGUGUGGAGAAGGUCACAUGGGGGACCCGUUAUGCCAUCACGGUGUCCUUUACGUGCGACCCUACACAAGGCAUCGCUGACCCUGUCAUGCCUUGA